AUGGAGGAAAGGGAAGAUAGAGAGGAUUUGAUAAGCAAAUUACCCGACUCUUUGUUAUCUGAGAUCGUCUCAUAUCUUCCGACGACAACGGAUAUUGUAAGGACUAGUGUUCUAUCCAAGAGGUGGAAAAGUGUGUGGCUUUCGAUUCCCAGGUUGCACUUGGACUCAUUCGAGUUCCAAGAUAUUUUUUUUGAAAAUAAAUCCCAGUUCCCAGAUUAUGAUGCUUUUUUGAGUUUUAUGGACAAGUUCCUAGAUUUCUCUAGAGAACAUAACUUGGGUUUGCACAGCCUCAAGGUAAGUAUCCUAGAGGAUGCGGGAAACGAGUGUGUCACGCGUUAUGCGGAAGACGAGUCUUGUAUCACGCGUUUGAGAAAAUUCCUGGCUAUGCCUCAACUUAAGCAUCUUGAUGUCGAGUGUCUUGCUGUGAAGCGUAAGUGUUUUCAAUCGAUGCCAGUGCCACUACUAAGGCUUAAUAUAUGUGAGAAACUCCUUUACUUAAGAUUCCAUUGCGUUCAUCUUGAUAAUUUUGUGGUGGCUUCUUCAUUACCCUGUCUCAAGACUAUGCGUUUAGAUCAUUGUUUCUAUUCCAAUGAGGCGAGUCUAGAGUCAUUUAUCUCAUCUUGCCGUGUUCUUGAAGAUUUGAGCAUUCUCGGAAGUUCCUUAACCAAGGUCAAUAUUCUUGGCGAUUUUCAAGUGAAGGAUGAUGUUGCCCGUAACUUUUUCACCAGUAUCUCGAUAGCUAGGGAUAUGAAGAUCUCUGUCAAGGCUUUCUCGUUCAUGAACAAGUUUGUGCCAUUAUCACAAUUUUGCAACUUGUCUUGUUUGGAAAUAGAGCUUUAUUCAUUCUACCUGAAAAAGCUGCUAACGUUUCUUGAAAGCUUUCCGAACCUUAAAUCCUUAAUCUUGGGUUUAGUUUGGUACCAUGGGAAAGAAAUAAGAAAUUCAUCGUCCCUUCCCAAGUGUUUGUUGUCAUCGCUUGAUAUUGUAGAGGUGAAAAGCACAUACGAGGCAGAUGAUUAUAUUACAAUGGAAGUAGCAAAGUUCUUCGUAGCGAAUUCAGUAGUCCUCAAGAAAGUUAUUGUGUCUUUCAGGUCUUCCUUGCGGAAACAAGAUUCCACCGUUGUAAGUGAUAUCCUUGCAUGGCCAAGGCGAUCUAGCUCAUGUAAAAUCGUAAUUAGAUAA